AUGGGGAAUGCGCUCGUUGGGGACGGCGUCGAUGCCGGAGGAUCGUUUCUCAAGACAUUGCAGGGGAUCGACAGCCACUUCGUGGCCGGCUCGUGGAUCCUCUCGCUCGGCCUCCUCUUGGCGUGGUACAACCUCACUCGAUGGCAGCGCAGCCGGCUGGACCAUGAUUCCACUCCGUUCCGUUUCUCCAUCCGGUUCUUCCCCAGCGUCUGGGCCCUGGACUUCUGGGCCGUCUUCAUCUUCUUCAUCGGAGCGAUCAUCGAUGCACAUGUGCUUCCUAUACGGGAUAUCGUUCGGGGUCAUUGGUGUGUUCUCCGUCCUCGUCCAAAACGCCACCGUCCGCCCAGCAUCCCCGCACUUCCCUCCAAUGUCCUGCAGCGUCCUCCCCGGCCUGCUCCUCUGCUUCUCCCUGAUACUGCAGGGGACGUGGAACAUCCAGAUCACAACGAUCGUGCAACAACCGUGGAUCAACGCCUGGAAUUUGAACAGCCCGGAGCACGUCUUGCUCAUCAUGUCCUACUGGUGCUUCCAUGCCAUCUUCGCUGCGGCCCUCCUCUUCGUCCUCGUGCUUGUCACCGAAAGGGUUGUCAAGUGCAAACUGAGGAAGGACAAAACUGCCUUUCAGGUUCGUCCGCCACCACGCGAACGAUGACUACUUGCGAAUUCAUUAUUUCCACCAUAAAUAAGUGUACUCAUUACUUUAUCCACUCAUGUUACAGUGGUGCAGGAAUAUAUAGGGUGAUUUAAAAAAACGCCAUAUCGUUUUCCAUGGGAGAAAGUCAUAUUCAUAUAUUCUGGAAAUUAUAAGAAAGAUAAAAUCUUUAUGUUUGGCAUAUACGAACUGUUGGGAUGAUUGCCCAAGCAACAUGUUUACG